ACUUGAGGAGGGACAGAAAAACUGGUUAUUAUGGCACAUCAAGAGUGAGUGGACUGUAGCAUUGAGAAUGAACUAGGUAAAAAGUUGAACCUGGAACAAAUUGAGGAGGACUUCUUGGAGCUAACCCACAGAAUGACGUUCAAAAUGCUAGUGGUGUGGUGCAGCAGCUGCAGGGAUGUGGAUGGAUACCAAAGCAGAGGAGAAGGAGGCCAGCAGGAGUCGUGCCAGCCUUGGCCAACGUGUGUUGAGCGGUCUGCUGUUCUUUACUGGGGAUAUGGAGCACUUAAAUAAGUACAUGCAAGACAAAGUGUUUGGGCUACAGCUAGCGGUGUGGGGCCUGAGAGGGGUGUCCAGGGUGAUCCUAGCCAACAACCCGCUGAGUGGAGCUCUCAUCCUGGCUGCUCUGUGCUGGGCCUCCCCCUGGCAGGCCCUGCUGGGGACUCUGGGAGUACUGACCUCCACGCUAACAGCUGUUAUCAUGGGCCAAGACGGUGCUGAGGUGUCAGGAGGUCUCCAUGGGUUUAACGGCAUGCUGGUGUCCAUGCUGAUGGGGGUGUUCAGCUCGGCUGGAGACUGGUACUGGUGGCUGCUGCUGCCCGCCUGCCUGGGCUCAGCUACAUGUGUGUUUCUGUUCAGCGGUCUCGCCCCGCUGUUGGACCGCUGGGACUUGCCUGUCGCGGUGUUUCCCUUCAACAUCGUCAUCGUUCUCUACCUCCUUUGUACCGGCCCAUACAACCCCUACUUCCCGCACCACCUGGCUACACCUGCAGGGCCGAUGGAGAUCAACGCCACUGAGCUCAUGGCAGUGGAGGUACUGCGUGGCAUCCCUCUGGGUGUGGGUCAGAUCUUUGCCUGUGGGGCUCUGGGGCCCUCGCUCCUCAUCCUGGGGGCCGCCCUGCUCUACUCCCCCCUGCUGGCCGCCCACGCUCUGCUGGGAUCAGCAGUAGGAACGUUGGCUGGGUUAUCCAUGGCCGUGCGUCAUGAGUCUCUCUACUCGGGUCUGUCGGGCUUUAAUGGAGCUCUGGGCUGCAUGGCUGUUGGAGGACUCUUCUUCACCUUCAACUGGAGGACGCAUCUCUAUGCCAUUGCCAGCGCUUUCCUCUCUGCAUAUGCUGACAUCGCUCUGAGUAAUCUUUUGGGAACGGUUGGUCUCCCAGCAUGCAGUUGGGCAGCUACUAUGAUAGCCACACUGAUGUUGCUGCUCACCGGCAGUUUAUCAACGUACCGCAUCCCCAUGGGUCAGGUGAUGUCCCCUGAACACAACCUGCGCUCCCGCAAACAAUGGAAAGCUGGGAAAACCACAGAAGGGGAGAGCACUGAUGUGUAACGUAUUGUAUCAGUACUAAGUACACGAUGGAUGGAUUUUUGGACGGGUUGGACCAAAAAAUAUGCAUUUUUAUUAUAAAUGUUACAAAUAUAUAUAUUUAUACAGAUAUAUGUUCUUAGAAAACAUUGCCAUUCAUCAUAGUAACUUCACAUUUUGUCCACAAAGUGGCAGUGUUUGUUCAGCAACUAGAUUCUGAAAAUGUUAGAUAAACCUCUGUAUUGAAGUUAAACUAUUUUUAUAAAAUAUAUAUAUAACAAUUCUUUCCAAGUUUUGCUACUUUUGUUAUUCCAUUAUGCCAGUUUUAACUCACCACAUUGCAUACAAAGCCAAAGAAACAGCCAAUUUGAAGGGAAAUACAUCUUUUAAUAGGCAUGAAAUUAACAAGUCGGUUCAAUAAAAUCAAUGCGUUAAUAAAAACAUAGACUGAAUUCAACAGUAAUUGUUUUUUCACCCCUUCAUUACGCUGCAUAGACAUACAUAGAACUCCACUGGGACUCAAUGUAGAAAUAGACGUAAACAUGUAUCUGAAUGCAGGCAGACGGUGAGACAAGUACACGUGAUGUUGUUAUGAAACAGAAAGAGUGGUGAGCUGUUUAGGCCAAGAAGAAGCCAAUAUUAUUAUCAUUAUAGUUAUUAUUUGUAAUGUUAUUAAUGCAUUGAAAUCUUCUUAAAUGAAAAAGUGAAGGUGUUAAUUGUGAGACUUUUCACAGUACUUCAUUUUGCCUGUGUAGAUGAUUAUU